GGUCUCAAUAGAGGCCAAAUAAGUCAGCUGUGGAGUUUGCACACACAUGGAGUAGCUCCUGUUUGUUACCACAUGUAGAACUAUAUUAGAUGCAGGGCACUUCUUUCUGCAAGUAGCUGCUCUCCGUACUUUCAUGUAAAUUAAGCAUGACAAUCUUUCCAUGUAAUGGUCAAGCAUAACAACUCAUAUGAAAAUAUUUUCUAGGUAUGCUGUCAACAAGGCCUCAAUGAGGGAGGUUGCUGUGCUUUUCAACAUGGCAGAGUCUACGCAGUUUGCUGUGAUUGAUAGGGUGCUCGGCUUUCUUUGUGCCAUUGCCCCAGACGUCAUAUACUUUGGAAUGGACAAAGAGGCAUUAGCCAGGGAAUUCGAGAAUCUUGCAGGGUUUCCGAAUGUAAUAGGGUGUAUCGAUGGCACCUAUAUUCCCAUGCGCUGCCCAGUGAACAAGACAAGGUCUACCUAUAUAAACAGGCAUGACCAGGUGUCAUUAACAAUGCAGGGCAUCUGCAACUCCAAAGGCAGGUUCCAAGACGUCUUUACUGGCCCACCAAGCAAGGUUCAUGAUGGUCGUGUGCUGAAACUAUCAACUGUUCAGCAAGAUUUGCCCACACUUUGCCAGGUGAACAUGUAUCACAUCCUUGGAGAUGCCGCCUACCCAAUUAGCGAACACCUUCUUACGCCGUUUAAGAAUUAUGGCAACAUGAUGCAAGCAAAGAGCAAGUACAAUACUUGCCAUGCAUCUACAAGGGUAGUCAUUGAAAAUGCAUUCGCCUUAUUAAAGCAGAGGUUUCGUCAGCUUCGCUACAUCGAAUUCACCACAGUUGACAAAAUAACACAGUUCAUUGUAGGAUGCUGCGUGCUCCACAACAUAUGCCUCGACAAUGGCGACAUAGAUGUGGAGGAUCUGUUGACCGACGAAGAGAGGGAAGAAAGAAGCCAGGAUACACUGCUGCGCAUCAGACAGGACCGCGCAGAGUUGGCUGCUAACAGGCAGCCACAGACUGACCGUGAAAAUGUGCUUCGCCGUCUGGGUGAAUUGAAAAGAAAUGCUUUGGUGGGGCAGCUGUAGGUAACGAGGGAGAAA